AUGGAGGAGGCCAGGCUCAGAGGAGAUGAGGAGCUUUACAUUCAACAAGCCGUUGUGUUUGUGGAAGAUGCCAUUCAGUACCGCUCCAUUAACCACCGCGUGGACUCGCGGUCGCUCCGUUUGUACCGAUGCUACUACUCCAACAUCUGCCAAUGGGGUCUGGGCCUCACCAUCGCCGUGGUCUUACUUUUGGCCUUUGUAGAGCGUCCCUCGUCUCUGUCGGCCUCCUCCGACCCGCGACACCGCUUCCCCCCCUGGCAGCCCCCCUGCGGCUUCACUGAGGCAAUCGAGAUGACCUGCCUGCUGAUCUUCAUCCUGGACCUGGUCACCAAGAUUGGAGGACCGCUGACCUACACCAGGCUGAACCGGACCAUGCCUGUUCUGCAGGUCUACUUCGAUGUGGACCAAGAGCUUCAACCUCACUAUCGCCAGAAAUUCAAUGAAUGGCCUGAUGAAUUCUUUGAAGACCGAUAA